AUGGACUCCAGCGGGGAGGAACUCCUGAAGAAGAUCCGGGAGCUGGAGGUUGGGCAGGCGCAGCUCAAGCAGGAGAUGUCCAAGCUAAUACCCGGCGCCGGGGAGCGGCGGCGCUCGCAAUCCGUCUCGCCGCGGCGCGGCGUGCCGGUGCUGCCGCCACCGCCGGCCAAGGGGAAGGCGGGGGCGCCAGGUAGGCGGCUGUCCGGGGCUUUUGAGGGCGGACAGCGUGCGUGGGCCCGUGGGUCGGCGUCUUUCCCGCACUCGUCGCCUUUGCAGCGGGAGGGCCGCGCCACGGGCGCUGGAGACGCUAGCACCAGCGCUAGGCUGCCGGAGAGGCAGUACUCCAGGGUGCUGCAGUCACUGGGGCAGUCCGUCCACAUUCUUGACCUCGACGGGAGGAUCAUAUACUGGAAUCAGUCUGCGGAGAAUCUGUUUGGCUAUCCUGCAUCGGAAGCCCUUGGUCAGGAGGCCCUAAUGCUUCUGGUUGAUUCCCGUGACCACAAUUCUGUAAAUGGCAUCUUCCGACGUAUUUCUAUGGGUGAAAGUUGGACCGGGAAGUUUCCAGUUAAGAACAGGCAAGGAGAUAGAUUUUCAGCUCUUGCCACCAACACACCUUUCUACGAUGAGGAUGGCAGCCUGGUGGGUAUCAUUUGUGUUUCAAGUGAUUCCCGCCCUUUGGAGCAAAUAUUUUGUAAGCCUCCAACCUCUGCAAGGCCCCAGUCAGAAUCAUCUAGGACAUCUUGUGAUGGGAGUUGCAGCAACACUAGUCGCAGAAUCAAUUUGUUGAACAAAAGUCCUUUUGAUCCUCAGCUACCCCUGCAAAGCACUUUAGCUUCCAAGAUAACGAAUUUGGCUACCAAGGUCACAAAUAAAGUUCGUUCUCGGGUCAGGACAGACGAGAAUGGCAUAGAACGAGAAGGUGGCAGUGGUGAGAGUCAUUGCUCAGAUCGUGGUGCUAAGGAAGAGCCAACAUCUAGUGGAACAAAUACACCAAGAGGCGAUGCACCACAUGGUCCCUUUGCUACAGAAGAGAACUCCCCUGGGAAAUCAACGAACCCAAACAGUGAUGAAUCAGAAGGAAAAGUAGGUCUGCACAAGAUUUUGAGUUCAAAGGCAGAGGCACUACUGAACAAGAAAGGGAUAUCAUGGCCUUGGAAAGGGCGCGAAAAUGAGGGACCUGAUGAAAGAAAUCAUGUGAUAUUGCCGUGGUUGCAUGGUGACCAAGAGAACGGUAUGAAUCAUCAGAAGGUUUCUGAUGCUAGCAUAGCUCCAGAUGCCCAAGGCACUGAACACAACCAACCUAACAAAAAUGAGGCAUCAGGUUCCUGGUCCUCUUUCAACAAUAACAGCACAAGCAGUGCAAGCAGCAUGGGAAGCACUAAUAGCAGUGCUCUCUACAAAGUAGAUCAUGAAGCGGAUUGUCUGGAUUAUGAGAUCCUGUGGGAAGACCUCGACAUUGGAGAACAAAUAGGUCAAGGCUCUUGUGGGACAGUAUAUCAUGCUUUGUGGUAUGGUUCGGAUGUGGCUGUUAAAGUUUUCUCCAAGCAAGAAUAUUCAGAAGAAGUGAUACUGACCUUUCGACAAGAGGUAUCCCUUAUGAAGAAACUGCGCCAUCCUAACAUACUGCUCUUCAUGGGUGCGGUUACAUCUCCACAACGCCUUUGUAUUGUAACAGAGUUUCUCCCCCGUGGAAGCUUGUUUCGCUUACUUCAAAAGAGCGCUACCAAGUUGGAUGUGAGACGACGUGUUCACAUGGCUUUAGAUAUUGCAAGGGGCAUGAAUUAUCUUCACCAUUCCAGCCCACCUAUCAUUCAUCGAGAUUUAAAAUCAUCUAAUCUGUUGGUCGACAAGAACUGGACUGUGAAGGUGGCAGACUUUGGUCUUUCACGUCUCAAGCGUGAAACUUUCUUGACAACAAAAACGGGAAAAGGGACACCACAAUGGAUGGCGCCAGAGGUGUUGCGCAAUGAACCUUCUGAUGAGAAGUCUGAUGUGUAUAGUUAUGGGGUUAUCCUGUGGGAACUUGUUACUCAGAAGAUACCCUGGGAAAAUCUGAACUCGAUGCAGGUCAUUGGUGCAGUAGGUUUUAUGAACCAAAGGUUGGAUAUCCCAAGUGAAGUAGAUCCUCAAUGGAAAUCAAUUAUCCUGAGCUGUUGGGAAAGCGACCCACAGCAACGGCCAUCGUUCCAAGAGCUUCUGGAGAGGCUCCGAGAGCUGCAGAGACAUUAUGCCAUCCAGCAGCGGAACGCAAAGAACAGCAUCGAGGAGUGA